CGCGAGGUACCACAGCAGCACCGAGCACACGCGCGGCAGCAGCAGCAGUAGCGUCGGAGGAGCAUUAAAACACAGAGUCCCAACCAGGGACAGACAGGGUCCAGCAACAUCCCCUGUCCGAACCACGCACCGCCACGGGACACACACGACGUUAAACGGAGGAAAAACAACGCAAAAAAAGUUACGGUUUUUUUUUUCAACGUCAGGUAAAAAGAAGUUGGUUUACCGGGAAGUUUGCUGCUCACAGCAGCAGUUAUUGGAGCUUGAGAGCCGGUGUGGAGAGGAGAACCCCAACCUAAACUUCACUGAUUCCAUACGCUUGCUUUAGGCGUAUUUCUCAGCUUGAAACCUGCAUUUUAUUCUCUGAAACAAGCCUGUCUCAUUGGACCGUGGUCGUUCCUCUGUUUGGUCACUCAGGGACUCACCAGAAAAAACAAAACCUUUCAACUUUGUAAAAGGCUACCUCAGUGGUUUUGACACACACCGAGAUAAGAGAAGAAAGAAAGUCGAAGAGGACAGACGGAGAAGUGGAUGUAUUUUCAGCCAUGGAUGUAACAGUUUACCCGCCUCCUCCUCAGCCUCUGGCCGCGUCAGACCACACCAGGCUGGGGCAGCUCUCCUACCCUGACUCGGCCUUUGGGACCAACAAGCUGGAUGGGGACACCAUGUUCCUGGGUAUGCCAGACGCAGGCCAUGACUUUGCCUCAACCAAUCAGUUUCGUGUGCCACAGCCCCCUCACCCUCUCAGCAAGAUGACGCCACCCAACCCACCCUCGCAGCACUGGAGGAGGGACACACACAUGGCCGACACACACCGUCUGCCUUGGUCAUACUCAGUGGGUGGUUUGGGCGACGAGGACUUCAACAUCCCGCCCAUCACUCCCCCCACCCUGCCAGACCACAUGCUGCCCCCACAUCUCCCCCAUGAUUCCCCCUCUGGACCAUACCACCCUCUGGACCCACCCUCCAGCUCAGCUCCGCACCACCCCUACCAGCUCCAGGGCAUGGAUCUCCCUCGCAUGUCUGGUAACCAAGAUGGAACUGCUAUGUUGAACCAAGAUGGCGGCACAUUCAGCCCGAAUGGCGGCCCAAUGACCAGCACUCUGUCUGUGAUGCAGCAGAUGGUCAACUCUGAUUCCCGGUUCACCAGCAGCCAACAGCCAAUCGAAGCAGCGCUUGGACCCAGGAGCCAAUCAGGCAUGAGCCAGCCGAGUCAGUUGUCCACCAUCAACCAAUCCCAGCUGGGGCUAAGUGGGAACUCUGUUACCCAUAAUUCUCCCUCACCUCCUGGAAGUAAAUCUGCCACACCAUCUCCCUCCAGUUCAGCACAUGAGGACGACAAUGAUGAUGGACUCAAGCUGGGCAGUGGAGGAGAGAAGAGGCCAGCAACAGUGGAUAUCUCCAAGAAACCCAAAACACCAAAGAAGAAGAAGCGAAAGGACCCUAAUGAGCCAGUGAAGCCAGUGUCUGCCUAUGCCUUGUUCUUCAGGGACACCCAAGCCAACAUCAAAGCCCAGAACCCCAAUGCUACCUUCGGGGAAGUGUCAAAGAUCGUGGCCUCCAUGUGGGACGGUCUGGGAGAGGAACAGAAACAGUUGUACAAGAAGAGGACAGAGACGGCUAAGAAGGAGUAUCUGAAACAACUGGCUGCCUACAGGGCCAGCCUCGUCUCACAGAGCUACAAUGAUCCAUCUGAAAUGAAGCCGCCCCACUCUUCCUCCACGUCUUCCUCCUCUUCUACCUCAAUGUUUACACCCAAACCUUCAGUCUACCCUGGUCACCCAGGCCAGCACCCAGGCCAGCACCCAGGCCAGCACCCAGGCCAGCACCCAGGCCAGCACGCAGGCCAGCACCCAGGCCAGCACCCAGGCCAGCACCCAGGCCAGCACCCAGGCCAACACCCUUCCUCCAACUCACUCGCCCACCCUCACUCCCUCCCUCCCCAUCAGCACCCAGGCAUGUACAUGACGUACCCCCACCCCUCACACCCCUCCCAUGCCUCGAGCCCCGGCCUUAGCCAGCACCUGCCCCCUCCUCACACCCAGAUCCACCCCCAGCUCCAGGCUCUGUCCUCCAGAGGGACGGUGCCGCGGCCAAGCGUCCCGCACCAGGGAGCUCUGUCCCUCUGCAACAUGACGGCGGCAUCCACUCCUCCUCUCCAGGUCAGCCCCCCCCUCCACAGCCAGGCCCACCUGGGGGGGCUGCACAGUCCACACCAUCAGCACCAGCAGCUCAGUGGACAUGCACUGGGAAUGACGCACUCACCUGCCAUCACACAGGGCUACGCCCCCUCCCUCCAGUCUGACUACCAGCCAAUAGGAGGAGGUAUGCUUAAUAGUGGAGCAGUGAUGACAUCAUCAAUGGACUACCACCAGCUGGGUCGACACACGCCGAACCACCAUCCCUCUCUGGAUUGGAGCAAUGAUUACCAUGGAAACGGAGGUCUUCAGAGAGACAAACACCUCUAUCUGAGCUAAUCUCAGGACAAAGUGACACCAAACUUCAACCAAGCCCUUCUACUGCCACACCACGGAACCUCUAGCCUCAUCUCUACAUGGACCCAGGCCACCCUACUCCAACCUCAACCCCCCUGAGAACCCAACCAACAGACCACCUUUCAUUUGAUUAAACUCGAGUUCAGCACUUCAAACUAAAGCCCAAGCAGUAGAAUAAUGGGACAUUUCUGUCUAUUACUAAUGUCUCUAAUAAGGGGCAACAGGACAGUGUUAAGAACAGGGCUCCUGCAUGUCCCUUGGCUGGUCUGACAUCUGCUAUUGGCUGUAUUGUUUUGUACUGAUCCUUUGCAGCAUGAGACUUGCUAUGAUUUGAAUUGAAAAUGUGUAUAGCAGCAGGUCCUACAAUGUAAACCAUGAUGAUAGGUGUAUAUACUCCAAACUCCCUCAGAAAGAAGGGAUAUUCUGUCUAGUUUCCUGUCUGCCCUAAAAAGUUCAUAUGUAGUUCCUCAUUUUGUAAAGAUGGUGUUUACCGUCAGUUCCAAAAGGCUCUGAUGAGCAAGUGUACAUUGCUGUAACAUAAUGGUUUGAGCUGUUGAUUACUUUUUUUUUAACCUUGUAGUUGCUGUAUCCCUCUACGGCCAAAGUCAGUUGAAUGCAGCACACAAACAAAAGGUUGAUAACCAAAUAGUACACAAACUGUGUUUCCCCACUGGUUCUUUAAUUAUAUGAAUAUAAGCCUUGAGUUUGAUGCAGUGUGGACUGAAGUCCCACACACUGUCUGCAGAGACAGAAAACGUAUUGUGAUUCUGAACAGAAGCGGUGUUGAACGCAGCGAUAAUGGCUGAAUUCACACUGCUUUAUUCAGCUAAAGACAAAUAAGAGAAAAGAGGUGGAGCAGUGUUGCCUUUUUAACCAGGCGCUGACUGUGAAUAAUUGUGUACGAUUAAAGAACUUUCAUUGUUCUCUGGCAGUGAGGCUCAGAUCUGCAGGGUAGAAAUUCAAUGUAUUUUAGUCCUUGAAAUAAUGAAAUGUCAAACAAUUCUUUGUUGGAGAAAAAAAAAAAGAAACAAAAAUACUCCUUUGUACGAUGACAGCUCCUCCUCCUGGCAUAUGUCUGUUGAUAAUAUUGAUUUGGAUCCAAACUGUGCGUGCGUGUGUGUGAGCGUGUGAAGUGUUAAUGAGAAGGCAGAGUGGCUGAUUGGGUUGCAUGGUCUCUUUUGUCAUCUCUAUUUCUCUGUGUACAGAGGCUAUUUAAGAAACUAUAACUGUUGCUGGGUUGGCUGUGUUUUAAUGUUGUUUUUUUUAAUCAAAUCAAGUUUUGUUUUAGUGUUAAUGAUGAUGAUGAUGAGAGACACGUCUCUCUCGCUCUGUAUCUCUUUGUAUUAAUGUGUUUUUUGGCAGAUGAAAGGACUCUGGGCAACAACAACCAUGAAGAUUUUCUUAUUUUUAGAUUCUAAUAAUGUGUUUGAGAAUAAAGUCAGUGCUGCAUUGAUGUGCAGUCAUUACUCCAAAA